GGAAAUCGCAAAGUUUGACCGAAGACUACACUACCCAUAGUUCAGCGCGUGAUAACGACUUCCGGGGUUGGUGACCAUCAGCCUGUUAGCAGGAGACAGGAGAAAGGUGAGUGUGUGUGGAUGUAGUGUCAGCAGAGCGCCGUGAUGCCCCUGGAGGUGAGAUGGCCGUUCCCUCAAUGCCCCGCUCUGCCGUGGAGGAUCUCCAGCUCACUGAUCAUGGGCAUGGUGGGCUCCUACUCCUACUUCUGGACCAAGUACAUGAACUGUUUGACGGUCCACAACCACGAGGUUCUGUUGAACCUGGUUGACCAGAGGCCCUCGGACACGCCCCUCAUCACUCUGUCCAAUCACCAGUCCUGUAUGGAUGAUCCGCACAUCUGGGGUGUCCUGAGGCUCAGGCAGCUGUGGAACUUCAAAAAGAUGCGAUGGACACCUACAGCAUCUGACAUCUGCUUCACAAAAGAGCUGCACUCCAGGUUCUUCAGCCGAGGGAAGUGUGUUCCCGUCUGCAGAGGUGAUGGUGUUUACCAGAAAGGAAUGGACUUUAUUCUGGAGAAGCUGAACAAAGGAGAGUGGGUGCACAUCUUUCCAGAAGGCAAAAUCAACAUGACGGAGGAAUUCAUACGUUUAAAGUGGGGUGUUGGUCGGCUGAUAGCGGAGUGCUCGCUUAAUCCGAUAAUCCUGCCGCUCUGGCACGUGGGUUUGAGCGACGUGCUGCCCAACAAGGAGCCCUACAUUCCUCGCACGGGCAAGAGAAUCACCGUCCUCGUGGGGAAACCGUUCGGUGUCAAAGAUCUCGUUGAAACCCUCCGAGCUGAAAACAAGAGCCAGUUGGAAAUGAGGAAGACCCUGACGGAUUUCAUCCAGGUGGAGUUUCGGAGCCUGAAAGCCCAGGCCGAGGCCCUGCACAAGCAGGUAGAGACCAGAGCCUGAGUCCCAGCCGUCCUGCGUUUACCUCAAACACUCUGGUCCUUCACACAUCAGCCCUGAGGGUAACACCUCAUAUACAGAGAAGCUCCCACAGCUCCACACGGAGACGUCACUGAGCCUCAGAACGUUUCACUGACGGUCGUAAACGAGCAUUUCUGUAACUUUGGAUGCAACAAACUCAUUUUGUAAUUCAGCCAUUGCUUCAAAAUCAGGAUGGUCCACUGCACACCUAAACAGGACGAGUAGCACUGCAGAUGUAUGAAUGGAUGAAUGAUUGAUUACAUAUGAAUACGUGGUUCCUUUAGAACCAGAAGCCCUCAGGAAUUUCUUUUACCUCCUUGGUAUCAGAAGGCAUCUUGAUUUUGAUGAUUCAGCAUUUCAUGUCAUCCAACUCUGAAGUCCAGAGCAACAGCAGAAGCUGGUGUUGAGAGAGGAGGUCAGGGUGAUAGAUGGGCGAGUAAAGGCUCCACCUCAUGACCUUUGUUGGGGGGGGUGAACAAUAGCCUUGAACUUUUUUCAUGUUUUUAAAGUCACAGUUCUUAAGAUUUCAACUUUUUUUUUUCUUCUAACUGGUGAAAAACACCAUAGCUCUCAAAAGGGCAGCAAACCAAGACUAGUUAACCAAGUCCCAGUUACUAGGGUGAGCACCUGGUGACUGCCUGGCAACCACCAGUCACUAUGUAUGAAUAAGUAUUUCCACCUGGCUGUAAGUGGUCACAAGGAGGUUUUUCACCUAGCAACAGACAGCAGCCGCUCACCAACGGGUCAUGGAGCGCACAUUUUAUUUGGCGACUUGUCAGCGUGGGAGAAAUGAUAGCUGCUCUGAUCAGGCUCUGCACCAGCUCACUGCUUUUCUCAGUUUUGCUGAAUCGUCCAGUAUUGAUCGGUUUAACCAAUUCUUUUUUUCUUUAAGAUGUAAAGCUGCUGUUGUUUAAAGUACUAAAUAUUAGUACUCAUCAUGCUCCUCUGUGCACAUUUUACUGAGGAAGUCAAAGUGCUGCAUGGCAGACGUUUGCAGCUGUUAUCAGAAAGAUGCUCAGGCAGUAAAUCAUUGUUGAGGUAAUCGUACUGUUAUGUUUGAUCAUUGGAUCGCUCCGUGCUGAUUUUCAGUCAUCUCUUAGUUGUGUUGAUAAUUUUCUUUUUCAAUCAAAGUUUCCCUGUUAAUCCUAAAACCCCUGAAUGCUGCCCCAUCGCUGAUGUACAUAAUUUAUUUUAUCACAGAGGACAAAAAGGAUUUUAUAAGGGAGAAAAUCUUUGCUAAUUUUAUAAAUGCAUCGCCUUAAUGUGAUUGCCACUCUUUCCUAUACUUGAUGUGAAUGCCAAUAAAGAAUCUGACUUUGUUUGAA